GCGCCCGUCCCCACCCACGCACCCCGCGCCCGCCAGCGCAGCGUGACUGGCCUCCGCUGCAGCCCCGACUCCGUGAGGUGCAGAGCGCGGCGCGCAGAGCUGGAGAGGCAGGCGGGCAGCUGCCAGGCGUCGGCCGCGCAGUCCUCCCUCCUCCGCUCCCUCCGCCCCUUCCCUGCGGCCGCACUGCUUGGGAACCCGGGAAGCCUCUGCUCCGAGCCCGCAGUUCCAGCGCGGCUGGCAGAGCCAAAGCGGGGGCGGCGGGAGCGCGGAGGGGGCUGUGACCUCCACCGGCAGAGCUGAGCGUAGAGUGUCUGCGGUUGAGGGCGAGGCUGCACCCUCGCUCGGCGCGGAUCCCGCCAGCCGGGGCUUAGCUCUCUGCAGCCCGGGAUCCUCCCCGCCUGCGCCCCGGGGCACGCGCGGCACAGCCAUGAACACCAACGAUGCCAAGGAAUACCUGGCCCGGAGGGAAAUCCCGCAGCUUUUCGAGAGCCUUUUGAAUGGAUUGAUGUGUUCAAAGCCUGAAGACCCAGUAGAGUACUUGGAAAGUUGUUUACAGAAAGUAAAAGAACUGGGAGGCUGUGACAAGGUGAAAUGGGACACAUUUGUUAGUCAGGAAAAGAAGACCCUACCUCCACUCAAUGGGGGACAGUCACGGAGGUCCUUUCUAAGAAAUGUAAUGCCUGAAAAUUCAAACUUUCCCUAUCGGCGGUAUGAUCGUCUCCCUCCAAUCCAUCAAUUUUCCAUAGAAAGUGACACGGAUCUCUCUGAGACUGCAGAAUUGAUUGAGGAGUAUGAGGUUUUUGAUCCUACUAGACCUCGACCAAAAAUCAUCCUUGUCAUAGGUGGUCCAGGAAGUGGAAAGGGUACUCAAAGUUUGAAAAUUGCAGAACGCUAUGGAUUCCAAUAUAUCUCGGUGGGAGAAUUACUGAGAAAGAAGAUUCACAAUACCAGCAGCAAUAGGAAGUGGAGUCUUAUUGCCAAAAUAAUUACUACUGGAGAACUGGCCCCACAGGAAACUACAAUUACUGAGAUAAAACAGAAGUUGAUGCAGAUACCUGAUGAAGAGGGCAUUGUUAUUGAUGGAUUUCCAAGAGAUGUUGCUCAGGCUCUAUCUUUUGAGGACCAAAUUUGCACCCCUGACUUGGUGGUAUUUCUGGCUUGCGCCAAUCAGAGACUCAAGGAAAGAUUGCUGAAGCGUGCAGAGCAGCAGGGGCGGCCUGACGACAAUCUGAAAGCUACACAGAGGAGAUUAAUAAACUUCAAACAGAAUGCGGCUCCGUUGGUGAAAUAUUUCCAAGAAAAGGGGCUCAUCAUGACAUUUGAUGCGGACCGAGAUGAAGAUGAGGUGUUCUAUGACAUCAGCAUGGCAGUUGACAGCAAGUUAUUUCCAAACAAAGAGGCUGCAGCAGGUUCAAGUGACCUUGAUCCUUUGAUGAUGUUGGACACUGGAGAGAUCAUUGACACAGGGUCUGAUUAUGAAGACCAGGGUGAAGACCAGUUAAAUGUCUUUGGAGAGGAUACCACAGGAGGUUUCAUGGAAGAUUUGAAGAAGUGUAAAAUUAUUUUCAUGAUUGGUGGCCCUGGAUCUGGCAAAGGCACACAGUGUGAAAAACUGGUGGAAAAAUAUGGCUUUACCCACCUCUCAACUGGUGAGCUCCUGCGUAAUGAGCUGGCAACAGAAUCUGAAAGGAGCAAAUUGAUCAGAGACAUUAUGGAACGUGGAGACCUGGUGCCCUCAGGUUUCAUUCUGGAGCUCCUGAAGGAGGCCAUGGUGGCCAGCCUCCACGACACCAAAGGCUUCUUGAUUGACGGUUAUCCUCGGGAAGUGAAGCAAGGGGAGGAGUUCGGACAUAGGAUUGGAGAACCACACUUGGUGAUCUGUAUGGACUGCUCGGCAGACACCAUGACCAACCGCCUUCUCCAGAAGCGUCAGAGAAGCCCAAGGAUGGACAACAGCACCGCUGCCAUCGCCAAGCGCCUUGAAACCUACUACCGAGCCUCCAUCCCGGUGAUCGCCUACUACGAAACGAAAACACAGCUACACAAGAUAAAUGCAGAAGGGACUCCAGAGGAAGUCUUUCUUCAACUUUGCACAGCUAUUGACUCUAUUUUCUGAAGGCAUCAAUGCAGAAGAGAGUAGAAACAGAAAAAUUCUGAAAGGUUCAUCCCUUAACAGUUAUGUUUCAAAUUAAUCCUGUGUCCCCCUAAAUCCUGACAUUGCUAUUUGCUCCCCAGCUUAACCUGAGAGGGGUCUGGAAAUCAUGCAUGGUGUACUGGUAUUAUCCACCUUUUUCUGCAUUAUUCAGAGCUACCUGCACUCACAGCACACUUUUCUCUAAGAUUGUGCCAGAGCUAAGCUAGUGUGUGAACCACCAGUCCUGCCGGUUGUGGCCUCAAGACUUGCUGGAGUCUGAUUAUAUGGUUCUAUUCUUACCAAUUAGAUAGCAAUUCCAACUCUAUGGAAUCUUCCUUCCUGUCCCCAAGAUUUAUACCCUGCUGUCUGAUGAAGCCCCACAAUGUGUGUGUUUGUGGGUGGGAGGGGCAGACACAGGCAUCUUCUUUUGGUGGCUGUUAGUCACCUCAACUCCCAUCCACUAGUCACUUAGGGCCGGAGACUGGGUUGACAAGGCUGCUAAAUUUACUAAGAAAUUUAGUGUGAAAUUGCAUAGCUUCUGCAAGACAGAAAAACCCAAACUGGACACCAGUAACAUUUUUAGGGAACUGGCUACCUGGGAUACUGUCGUCAUGGCUGAGAAUAAACUGGAUAAAUUGUCUGACCUACUGUCUCCUCAACCUAGUGGUGCAUUUUCACAAUUAUAAAUUAA